AUGGCGGCCCUCAGCGAAGACGACAUCGAGAAGCUCUUCUCCGGGGCGCCCCAGUACUUUGCCCGCACCGAGAGCCACUACCAUGGCGCGCCGCACCCCAGCGUCGCCUUCCCCUUCGACGAGGAGCUCGAGAUCCGCGACCUGACGGACCACGUUCAGAUCGAGGACCGCGCCUGGAGCGGCGUCACGGCCUGGCCGCACAUCACGCGCGAUCAGGAGCACGACGCGGCUGCGCGCCGCCAGGCCGAGGAGAAGCAUCGCGCCCACUUUUACGUCCGCUGCCGCGAGCGCCCCAACAUGCUCAGCAUGCAUGGCGUCGAAAAGGGCACCAUGGGCUACCAGGCCGCCCUCGAGCUGUCCGCGGCCGAUUCCCUCGAGGAGGAACAGUUUGGCUUUGAAAGCGUCGGCACAAAGGCCCGCGCCAUCGUCGACGCCCGCGAGCGCAUCCUUGGCCCGCAGGGCUGGUUGCACCGCCUGCCCGAGCAUGAGCUGCUCGACCGCCUCCGCCGCAACGCUGACCUCUACCGCCGCAACGACUUGCGCUCCCGCAAGUCGGCCGACACCUACGCUGACCUGUUCCACGCCUUCAUGCGCCCCUGCAACACCGUCAUCGACCGCACCGACCGCCACAGCCUGUCUAACCAGAUUGUCGCCCUCCUCAAGUGCAUGGGCACCGCAAACGUCUGGAUCGACCUGUCGCGCGUCGAGUGGCGCAUCCGCCUCGGCCAGGUUCUCUGGGGCGAAAAGGGCGACGACGACCUCGAUGACGCCACUGCCGUGCACGACGCCGACAGCGCCGCCGAGCGCGCCGAGGAAAAGUACUGGCUGUUUAUGCAGAUUCUCGUCGCCUCAGAGCUGCUGCUGCGCCUGGAUGCCGUGACCGACGGCGUCGAGUUUGGCUCGGGUGGCAUCAAGCCCAUCGACGUCGCCUACUUUGAACGGGGCGCCACCCAGACGGUCAAGUGGUCCCUGAUGCUUGCCCGGAGCUGGCUGGAGAACGUCGAGAUUAUUAAGGAGGAGGAAAAGGAGCCCGGCCUUUUACGGCCGCCGCCGCCUCCUAUGCCGCGGCGCGGGAGCAGUUGGCUGGCCUCCCUCGUCAGCAGAGUCUCAAACCGCUACCACAGGCACGCGCCCGCGAUGCCGUGCCGCUAUACGAUACAGGGCCGCCACAGCCAGCGCCAAGUCGACGGGCUCAUCCACUUUGCGCGGAACCUCAUGUGGCCCGGCAUCGACCGCUAUGAGUACACCAUCUCCGAGCGCGCCCAGAUUGCCGGCGGCGCGACACCCACCAAGCACCCCAGCAGCUCCACCACAUCGGUCGAUUCGGAGAAGCCAUCGUCCUACUUUGGCGCCUGGGACGUGACCUGCCACCGCGGGAAGCGAAAGGGCCGCGCUCAGGCGCAGAGGCGCAAGCUGGCGGCCGCGUUGCAUGAGUCCGGGUGGAUCACCAAGUCCUACGUCUUUGGGCUCGUGCUGCCCGGAGAGACGCUCUGCCACUACCUCAUGGCGACGCUACUGGAAAACGACCGCGAGGCCAUGGCCAAGCUGGGGCCCUGCGCGAACCUCUCGGGCGGCUUCGUCUAUUCCGGCAAGAGCUUUUGGAGCACCUCGUGCAUUGUCGGCCGGGUGCUUGCCGCCGGCAAAGGCGCAGCCGAGUGCAUGGGGUGGAUAUCGACCGACGUGGUACCUGAGGGCCGUAGCGACGGCUGGCUCAGUAUCGAGGCCGAGGACGUGGCCGACGACCUGGCUCACCUCGGCAAGAAGGCGAGGAUCUGGGGUAAAAAGAGGCUUGAGCGCGAAUCGAGCAUCCUCGGUGACGGCAAGGAGGACUCGGUCUCACCAGCCGACUUCAUCGUGCCCCACGAGACAGGCUACUCGGCUUCGCCGCCCUCCGUCUACGUCGAGCUCCUGGCCCUCGAGCUCUCCGCGCCAGCAGGAGCCGUCCCGGCGACGCCCCUGGCCGAGCUGAUCCCCACGCCCUCGACGACCACCGACGCCGGCAAGGCGCCCGAAAUUAUCUCGUACCCAGCGAGCAUCCGCUUUUCUGUGUCUGUCGAGGGCCGAGACGACGAGGAGGUCACCUACCCGCUCACCUAUGACAUUAGCUUCGUGACGGCGCACCCGUGCGCGCCGUCGCACCGCGUGAGGAUGCUCAAGUCACCCUCGAGCCCUACGAUUCAGAAGAUAGACGUUUCUGGCUCGGCGAUGCUCCAGGGUUCGCGGUCUGUGAACAAGAUGGGCCACCCCCUGCACAAGUACUACAACUUUACCGUCAUCCACAUCUCGGAACUCCUGCAGAAGCCGCGGACGACGCUAUCUGAGUUCCUCCUGGACCCGACGCUCGGCAAGGCGGGCGGGGCGACCAACGGCGUGCUCGUCGUCGACUGCAUCACCAACCUCGCCGACGCGCCACAGUCACCGGCGCUGGAGCGCGUGGCGUCGUCGCCUUCGGGUUCGCCCGUGGGCCACCGCAAGGGCAGCUUCUCGGCGGCGGCGCAGAUGUUCCUCGAGUCGCGCAAGCGCCAGUUCGGCUCCGACAUGGAGGUGCUGGUGCGCGCGCUGUGCGCCCAGCGCGGCUGGAACGCCCUCGUCAGUAGGAGGAAGCGCGGGUGCCUGGCCUGCGCCAUCCGCGAGGCGGGCGCCCUCGGGUGGAAGGUGAUUGUGAGGGUCGAGUAG